CAUUUUCACAGUGAGACUGUCAUCGCAAAAUGGGCUAUUCAGAGGUUCUAUGCAACAUCUGCGGCGUGAGUUUCAACAUUGGCCGCAUCCGCACGCCAACCGAGCCUCGCAGCGCAGCAUGGAGUCGCUUUGGGCCAGUGCCGUCGGACUUUCAUGUGUCGGAUAGCCCAGAGAAUCGAUACGGUUCUACCGAAAGUUUUGUCGAUGGCGUUCGAAACUCCUGGGUGGGAGAGUGCCCUCGUGACGCGGGGUGUAUGUUCACUUUCCGCAAGAUCAGAGAUGUAGGCGCAGAGGUGCGGAUCAGUCCAAGAGGGAGAAGAAAGCUGGUCAUAGAAACGGGCACAGAAGACCCACAAGCAGAGAAAGAUGACGAAGAAGACGGAGACUGGGAAGAGCCCGGAGAUGAUGACGAUGACGAGCGGCUGGAGUACGCAUCAGACCUGGAAGACGAUGCUUCUGGAGAGACUGAUGAUGUGGAUAUGGAGGACUCCGAAGAUUCUGAGCGCGAAGAGUAUCGACGCUUCUGUGUUCGUGCGCUAAUAGCCAAGAGUGACCCAUUUGGACCUGGCUGGAGUCAUGUCAACCAGAACAACCCUGCGCAUCCCGCAUGGUAUCGAGGUAAUUAUGUUGUUGCAAAAAUAGAUGGAGUUCAAGACGAGAUGUUUCCUCUCUUCUACCCAGGGAGAGAUGGUGAAACAGAAUAUGGCACGGACGGCAGCGCCUCCGAAGACAGUCUUAGCGGUCUCUCGAGUCGGAAUCUUGGUCACUACCUGGGGGGUAAACUCGGUUAUGACCUCAAGCAGCAAUACCACGUUGAACACAUUGCAGGACCCGGAUGUCUGAACCGCGCCGGGUACUCCGGACAUGAGAUCCGCGUGGAAGAAAUGCGCGGCUGCCAAGUCUCCCAAUGCCUUAUGCGCAAAUCCACGAACUUUGAGCCGUUGGAUGAUGAUGAAGACUUCGAGCGAAAAGGAGAGUUCUGUUUGAGCGGGUUGAGCGACCACAUGCCUUCACGAGACUCGGACAGCCCACGCGUUAAGCCUCCGCGACACGGCUGCGAACGACCUCGCGCGGAGAACACCAUCUGGGAUGAAUCUGAGAUUGAACAGUUCGCGAUGCCUUUUCAUCCGUGGUGUUUUGAGGUCUUCAAGCGUACCUCAAUGCUCGAGCACGGCACCAUUGAUGCGGGCGGGUUGACAAGCUGGUGGCUCGAAGAGGCCACGGCCGAUCGGGUAUUUGAGGCCCGAAACCAUAGUGAUGUGAGCCAAUGUAAAGCCCAGGAGUGGGAUCAUUGGAAGGGAACAGAGUAUUUGGCAGCUAAUCCGCUAUAUGUGCCCAAACUGCGGGACAUCUUGCAACAGGUUAUCUCUACGGAACCCGGAUUUAGUCCGCGUAACAGCGCAUUCGCCAUUUCACAGGGCACAACACCGGACGCCUCUAAGGACAUGUUUGUACGCUUGCCAACCGAGUUACAGCUAGAAGUUCUCGAUCAUCUUCUCUCUAAAGAUAUCGCGUCACUGCGUCUCGCAUCGCGUGCUUUUCGCUAUCUUCCAAUCUCUUACUUCCAGAAGCUUCUGAAUCGACAAAUGCCAUGGCUUUGGGAAGCGCGCCCCACACCUACCACGCCCAAUCACUUACCGUACUCUUUCUGGGCGACGGUGACGGCGGGCGAAGCGGAGAUAAAGUUGCAGGAGACACAAAAGGGAAUCGACUCUCUGAAUGAAUAUGUCCAGAUUGUCUCAAAAGAGAUGCCGGAGCUGAAGGAUGUGCUGGAGGAGGCUCUACCCGCCGAAAUUCAGUCAUUCCUUGAUGCCCAACAAUCGAAAGUUGAGAACAAUGAGGAUCGGAGGCCUUUCUUUCUGCCGCCUGAUCGGACGGACUACCACUUACUGUAUGUGCUCAUCAAGCGACACUGGAAUGAGCUACGGGGCCUGCAAAACCGAAAGCGCAUCUGGAAAGAGUGCGAGUGUAUUGGGAGGCGUAUAUCGCGCAUGAGAAAUAAGGGGAAAAUUGGGCCACUGGUGCGGCAGUUUUAGCCUGCGUUUUCGUUGGGACUGUGUAGUUUGUGGAGUCGAUGUAGCUUGAACCGUGGUACUGCUCCACACGAGCCAUACAUAUGGUAUAAGAAUUUUUGCAGCGU